CAAUUUUAUUUGGAUGGAAUGGUCAGAAAUUGUCCUAAGUUGGCUUUUGAGCAAAUUUUCACCAGUGUUUUUUAAUCCUUUCUGUUGGGGGAAAUCCAAACGGCAAAAACGGUGAAGUAAAAAGGAAUCGUGGCGGUCGUGAGUUGCUUUGCCGUUAGAAUCUCACUUCUUUUUCAUUUCCCUCUCUCUCUCUCUCUCUCUCUCUCUAUACAUAUACAAGGCUAUAUAUAUAUAUAUAUAUAUAUAUAUAUAUAUAGUAGUACAGAAAUCACAAGCAACAGAACAUACAUAAAGGCAAGAAAAAGUUUGUUUGAAAUUGAAGGCCCCGAAACUAAAAUACGAUAAUUCGUAUGAUUUCCUUUUCUAUGACUCGUAUACAAAUUGAGUGAUGAUAACGACGACACUUGAUCUCUUGCUUCAUUCCAAAACAGGGUUUUCUACGAAGAAAGGAAGCCCGGGUGGAGAGAGAAAGUUAGAGAUGGAGCUUUCUUAGCUUGCAGUUAUCCGAUCCCCUUCUUGAAUAUUGUUGACAGAAAGAGGGCUAAUUCAUUACAUUGUGGACUUUGGAUUCAUUUUAUUCAGCUUCUUACAAGCUAUAAAUUAAUUUGAGAAUGGGAGAUCAUUUUGUAUUGCUGGUGGAUCGUUUGCUCACUGAAUCCACUUUGGAAGCUGCAAUCGAGAGCAGGAACCCGUCGAAGCAAUCGACAGCCUCGGUAAUGGAUGAAAUGAUAAUUGAUUGCGAUUCACAAGGCAUUGACUCUGCGAAUGAUUUGACUCCAAGGAAAAUAGUGGAGUGCAGGAUAUGCCACGAUGAGGAUCAAGAUUCGAAUAUGGAAACGCCUUGCUCUUGCUGUGGCAGCUUGAAGUAUGCUCAUCGCAGAUGUGUACAAAGGUGGUGCAACGAGAAGGGUGACACUGUCUGUGAGAUAUGCCACCAGCAAUACAAACCAGGUUAUACAGCACCGCCUCCUAUGUUUCAAUAUGGCGGCAUUCCACUGAAUUUCAGGGGAAAUUGGGAGAUUGACAGAAGUGAUCCGAAUAAUCCUCGAAUUAUAGCAAUGGUUUCAGCUGACCGCAAUUUUCUUGAUCCUGAGUAUGAUGAGUACGAGGCUUCUACAACAAGAAGUUUGAUGUGCUGUCGUUCAGUCGCCAUAAUUGUACACUCUCUCUCUCUCUCUCAAGUUUAUGGUUCUUCUGAUUUUACGGCAUACACUUCCCCUUAUAGUCAGCGGAGCAGAAGGGUACUCUUUCCCAUUGAUCUUGUUGUUAGUUUUGCGAACUUCUGGGAUCAUUGUACCAAUCUACAUUAUGAUGAAGGCAGUGAAUAUCAUCCAGCAUCGCAGACGCCAAGUGGUGUCUCGUAAUGGUUCACUUGCAUCAUCUGAUGAUGAAGAAAUUGGGCCACCAACUCCACAGCGCCAACCUCAUAUCAUCCAUGUUCACUAAAAUUGAAUUUUGGUGCUGCACUCUUAAGUAAUGCCACGAUCAACGUCAAUUUGACAUAUCAAGUUCGCUUUCUGUUCAACACCACUGUGCAAUUUCUAGCAACUACAAUCUAAGUUUGUGAUAGUAAAGGAGGAUUAAGGUGAAAAAGAAGAAGAACCAAGAGUGGUCCAACGCUUACCAGAAUACUACUAUUUUUCUGGUUUGCAAUUUAUGAUGCAAGUUCUUAGGUGCAUAUGUAUAUUACUUUGCAAUCCUGGAAAAUAUAUGUUCAAUCAGAAUAUAUCCUACUGUGUAGAUACAUGAACAUUUACCAAUACAAGGAAUACAAAACAAGCAAUCAUAUAUCUUUAAUGUUA